CCAAAUAAGUGGUGUUGCAUGCACUCACAGAUUUACAGAGACCAGAUACUUUAAGGCAACUGACUAAAGCAGGCCUUUGGACAUCUAAAUUGCAUGUCACUUUGAUACAGGAUGAUGAAGAUAUCAGGAAGUGUCACGUGGUGCUGUGUAGCUCUGCUCCUCGCCCUGACCUCUGUGUCAGCUGUACAGAAGAAGCUAAAAUCAAUCAGUGAUUUGAAGAAAAUCAACUUCGGCCAAUCUGUGCCCAAGCACAGUCUUCUGCUGCUCCACUGGUUUGCCAACACAGUUACUAUUGACGAUAACGAUGUCAUAAGUCUGACCUUUGAUCCAAACAGUAGGGAUUAUGGCUCACAUCAUUAUGGCAACUUUGAGGGGCUGCUGGACCCACUGCCUCGGCAGAGGGGAAAUCAAUACAGGUACUACGCUAUUGGAAAUCUCCAUCAGGAAACGUCCGAUCCACUUCCUCCUUAUGUAGCGCAUCCCCAAAGGGAUUAUGAAGGAGAAAACAGGGACAGGAUCAUAGUUCGUGUCAGGGAGCCAAAUUCAGGAAGGCAAACUUUCCGGAGGAUAGACGAAGUGUAUAUCACACAGCAUUAUGACACUUCUGAAAAUCAGGGGACACUUUAUGAUCCAGGUCAUACCUACAGGAUCACCAUGAACCUCCUGAGACAGAUCAGAGAGUUUGCUGUGGGACCAAACCAACUGCCACUGUCGUAUCUCAGAAACCGCUUUGGAAGCAGCGCUGAUGAUGCACAAAUCAGAAACACAUGGGGUCACCUUGCUUGCCUUGGCCUGCUGCUGUAUAUUGUGCUCGGGGAAAGGCACCCCUUUACCCCACAAUCCAACUACACACCGCAAGUCAGACAACAAAGCACCUACACACCAGCUAACAGACAAACUAGUUGGUGAGCGGAUUUUGUGAAGUGCUGCAUGAUCGUUGUUGUUCUUUCAAUUUGUCUUUUUAUUUUGGCAAUUUAUUUCGAAAGGAGAUACAUUGAAAUGAGAGAGGGUAAAUAAAUUGCCAAAUAAUGUGUUUAAGCAUAAUGCUUCUCACAAAGUCAGCAGGAUUCAAAAGUUGAUUGGGAAGAAGGAAACACACGUGAACAUGUCCAGGGGUUCUUCUGUUUUAUGCUUCUUUUUUUUUUACUUCAGUGUUUAAUUGCAAUUUUUAUUAUAUAACUUUUUUUGUGAAUGGUGUUAGUUUAUAUUUGAGAUAAAAGCUUUGUAUGACAUGCUUUAGAUGACAGGCCAAAUACUUAAAUCCUCAAUCUUUUGAGGUUCAAAGUUACAUUUAUAAAAAAUGACAGGUUCUGAAUAACAGUAGGGCUUCUUCUUCUAUUUGAACUGUGCACAUUGGCUUUUGUUGUUUUUUUAAUAAUGCACUGCUUUGCUGCAGGCAUGAAGCUGCAGGCUUCAGUUUUGCUCCAGCAUGUAUAAUUUAAUAGCUAUGACUCACUGAGGAUUCCUCCUGUGUGUGAGACGGAUGAAGAGAAUUUAAGCAGCACUGAUUGAUAAACCAAACAGAUCGGUGAAUGACUGUCCGGUCUGCAAAGGACAGCCGUCACUGACAUGAAUGCAUUUAAUGUUUUUAUACUUCCUGUAAUGUCAUAAAUUGUGUGUGUUUAUUAAAUUGUAAUGUGUCAGUAAGACUGAUGUCAGCUUUACAUUUGAGGUUUUAGGGAACUGAGCACAAUUUAGAUGUGCAAAAUAAUAAAGACACCGUUAACAUUA